UUUAUGCCAGAGGUGCAAUUCAUAAGGGACAGUACUUCUCAGAUAUUAAAGACGGUGCUUGAUUGAACCAAAGAGAGAGAAUCCUGAGGCAGUCAUGGCUACUAAUUUCUUCAACUGGGAAGCUGCUAACUUGGACGGCGAGGAGAUCACCGGUUAACCACCACUACGGCGUGAAAGAAGAUGAGAUAUUUAUAGGAUCAGUAAAAGCUAAAAGGUACAACAAUGGAUGAGUAACACUUGGCAGUUAACAGUGCUGGGUUCUUCACCAUUAGAAUUGACCACAGGGGAUCCGAGCUCUCCUGAUUGCAAACUGCAAAACCCACUAAAUACACAAAUCGUGAACUAUUUUUCAGAAGACAAAUAUGCCUCCAAGAACAGGAACUGCUCGAAAGGUGUGAUGCUCCAACUUUUAUUUUUAUUAUUAUUAUUUUGUUUAAUUAUUAUGUUCCCAUUUCUCGCAUUUUCCCUCUCUUUCUCAUUCACUGUCAAUUUUCCCUCUGUCUCGGGAGAAAAUUUUACCUUUUUACAGGUGGGUCUGAAACGGAUUGAUGCUGCGGUUGAUGCUCUUCGCUCAAUGGGCUUCCCUGAAGCUUUGGUUCGCAGAACCGUUAGAAAACUCCUCAAGGCUUAUGGUGGAGAUGAUGGUUGGACUUUUAUUGAAGAAUGUUCUUACAAACUUCUCAUUGAUUCCAUUCUUGAGGAGCAAGAGAAAUCUGGGAGAGAAAAUAGUGAACCAAAACCAUUGGAAAGCAGUGAUCCAACUUUGCUGGUAGAGAAUCAAGUUUCAGAGGAUGGCAUUGUUCAAGACAAUUCUGGAGCACAAGUUCACUCCCCUCAAGGUUAUUCCAAGCAAGUUCAAUCACCUAGCAUUGAAUCCCCAUCACCUAAGAAACUUGCCCUACACCUCUCCUCAAAAUCCCACAGCUCCUCAUCAACAGCAGCGGAAGCUGUUCCUAGCUUUUUCAAGAAUGAACAGUGUCAUGGCAAGCUUGGAAGAGAGUUACCCUCCUUUCAGAUCUCAGCUGGAGUUUGUUCUCCGCAGUUGUUUUCUCCUCCACCAGUUAAAUCUCCUCAAGCUCAAAGCAGUAAACCUUGUUACGGAUGGCUUAGUGAAGAUGAUGAUGAUGAUGAAUAAGGAGUAAGUGUACCCUCUUCACAUCCAUCUUCUUGUCAUUACAGCAAAACCAUUUUACAGAGACAAAAAUUUGUCUCAAAAAGUCAUGUAUUUGCCAGAACAAUUUGGGCUACAGCAUAACAAUUAAUGACCAAGUACCUCUCUUUCACUUUCUUGCUGAAUUUAAAUUCUCUUACAAAGUAUCAAAGUAUUGUCAAGAUAUGGAACCUAAUGAUAUAUUAUGGACUGUACACUAUACCCACGGUCACGGAUCCAACUCCGGUUGGCUGGGGCUAUGGGGCAGGAGCCCUGAGACGAAUUUUUUUGAGGGUUAUUUUAUCGUUUUGUAUUUUCCCUGGACAUAUAAACAUGUAAUAUUUUUUUAGUGUAUUCUAUUUGAAAACUAAGAAAACUCUAGCUGCUGUAGACGUAGCCAAAUUAGUGAACCACGUUGAAUC